CCAUGAAGACCCAAAGGGAUAGCCCCUCCCUGGGGCGGUGGUCACUGGUGCUGCUGCUGCUGGGCCUAGUGAUGCCUCUGGCCAUCGUUGCCCAGGUCCUCAGCUACCAGGAAGCUGUGCUUCGUGCUAUAGAUGGCAUCAACCAGCGGUCCUCGGAUGCCAACCUCUACCGCCUCCUGGACCUGGACCCGAGGCCCACGAUGGAUGGGGACCCAGACACCCCAAAGCCUGUGAGCUUCACAGUGAAGGAGACAGUGUGCCCCAGGACAACACAGAAGUCACCGGAGGAUUGUGACUUCAAGGAGGACGGGCUGGUGAAGCGGUGUGUGGGGACAGUGAUCCUAAACCAGGCCAGGGACUCCUUUGACAUCAGUUGUGAUAAGGAUAAUAGGAGAUCUGCCCGGCUGGGCAAUUUCUUCCGGAAAGUUAAAGAGAAGAUUGGCGGAGGGCUUAAAAAAGUUGGCCAGAAAAUCAAGGAUUUUUUGGGGAAUCUUGUACCCAGGACAGCGUCCUAGUGUGUGCCCUACUCUAGCUCAGGCUUCUGGGCUCUGAGAAAUAAACUAUGAAAGCAAUUUCCUCAGGCUGC